AUGAGGACGCUCAUUCUUUUACUGCUGGUGCUCCUGGAUAUGGAACAGGCCCAGGGGACACUUCACAGGGUGCCCCUCCGACGGCACCAGUCUCUCCGGAAGAAGCUGCGGGCACGGGGCCAGCUCUCUGAGUUUUGGAAAUCCCAGAAUUUGGACAUGAUCCAGUUCACUGAGACAUGCACAGCGGACCAGAGUGCCAACGAGCCCCUCAUCAACUACAUAGAUAUGGAAUACUUUGGCACCAUCUCCAUUGGCUCCCCACCGCAGAACUUCACCGUAAUCUUCGACACGGGCUCCUCCAAUCUCUGGGUGCCCUCUGUGUACUGCACCAGCAAAGCCUGCCAAACGCACUCCAAGUUCCACCCUUCGCAGUCCAACACCUACAGCGAGGUGGGGAAUACUUUCUCCAUCCAGUACGGGACGGGGAGCCUGUCUGGCAUCAUUGGAGCCGACCAAGUGUCUGUGGAAGGAUUGACAGUGGUCAACCAGCAGUUUGGAGAGAGUGUCAAGGAGCCAGGCCAGACCUUUGUGGAUGCAGAGUUUGACGGAAUUCUUGGCUUGGGAUACCCUUCCUUGGCUGUUGGAGGAGUGACUCCAGUGUUUGACAACAUGAUGGCCCAAAAUGUGGUGGAUCUACCUGUGUUUUCUGUAUACAUGAGCAAUAAUGCAGCAGGUGGCGCGGGAAGUGAGCUGAUUUUCGGAGGCUAUGACCACUCUCAUUUCUCUGGGAGCCUGAACUGGGUUCCAGUCACCAAGCAAGGCUACUGGCAGAUUACACUGGACAACAUCCAGGUAGGAGGGACUGUGAUGUUCUGCUCCGAGGGCUGCCAGGCCAUUGUGGACACAGGGACCUCCCUCAUCACAGGCCCCCCGAACAACAUCAAGGAGCUGCAGAGGGCCAUUGGGGCGCAGCCAGUGGAUGGAGAGUAUGCUGUGGAGUGUACCAACCUCAACGUCAUGCCGGAUGUCACCUUCACCAUCAACGGAGUCCCAUACAGCCUCAGUCCAACUGCCUACACCUUGCUGGACGUUGUGGAUGGAAUGGACUUCUGUGGCAGUGGUUUUCAAGGUCUCGACAUCCAGCCUCCAGCUGGGCCCCUCUGGAUCUUGGGCGAUGUCUUCAUUAGACAGUUUUACUCAGUCUUUGAUCGUGGGAAUAACCAAGUGGGGCUGGCUCCGGCAGUGCCCUAA